CCUCCACAUCACAGAGACGAGAGCUUACCAGAGAUGGAUCCUAACAAGACGAUUGAUGCUCCUUCAAUGUUAAAUGUUUUCUGCAUCAUAAAUGACAAAGGCGAUGAGGUCAUGCGGUUUGUCCUGAUCUGCCUGAUGCCUGGAUUCUUCGUGGCGGUCCUCACGGUGGGUCUCCCCCUCAACUGUCUGUCUUGUUGGCUGUAUUUCCGCCGGCCGCGUCCCUGGACCCGCAGUACGCUCUUCCUCCAUAACCUGGCCCUGGCUGACAUUUCCUGGUUAUUGGCGUUACCCUUCCUUAUCCAAUACCACGUGGCGGGUAUGCGAUGGACUCUCGGCUCCACCUUUUGCCGGGUCGUACGACUUCUCUACCAUAACUAUUUCUACCUCAGCAUAUUCUUCGUGACCUGCCUAAGUUUUGAUCGUUACCUGGCCAUCGUUCACCCGCACCGUUCAGCUGUUCUGUUGAGCCGUCAGCGAGCUCUCGUGGUGAGUUUGGCUGUCUGGGCGAUCAUAGCUUUGAUGAGUUACCCUGUAGCAUACAUGAGCACCACAGUGCCUUGCCUUCAACACAACUGGACGGUCUGCAACCUUUACGUACUGCUGGCAGACACAAAGAUAAGUCUGCCUUACUCGAUAUGCUGUUCUUGUCUGGGCUUCCUCCUACCUUUCUGUGCCCUCAGCUAUUUCUACCUGAAGAGCGUCUACCGCCUGCGCAGACUCAGCAACCCCCGACUGCAGGUGUUUGCCGUUGAUCUUGCCGGAGCUAUGGUGUUGUUUGGAGUGUUUUACUUACCCUACCACCUAAGCAGGAAUGCCGCUGUGGUCAUGAGAGCGCUGAAAAUCAACAAGCCCUCAGCCUGCGGAGUCAUGACAUAG